AUGUCUCCAUACCAGGCAUUACAUGGGGUUAAGCCUCCUUUGGUUGCUGAACACAUGUUGCCAUCAUCAUUGGUGGAAGGGGCAAGGAACAGGGAGCAGGCUAAGGCUGCAAUCUUUGAAGCGGUUAAAUCUAAUCUUGAAAAGGCUCAGGCAAGAAUGAAGUAUUUUGCAGACAGGAGAAGGAGUGAGAGAACACUAGAAGUUGGGGACAUGGCUUAUUUGAAAAUGCAACCGUACCGGCAUAAUUCAUUGGGAUUGCACGGUUCCCUGAAGCUACAUUCCAAGUAUUAUGGACCAUUUCGUGUGACUGAGAAGGUGGGGGCAGUAGCAUAUAGAUUGUUACUACAAGAAGGAAGUCUCAUUCAUCCGGUGUUCCAUGUUAGCCAGCUAAAGAAGCACCUUGGGCCCAAGGCAGUACCUGAAACAGCCUUGCCUCUCAUUGACGCUGAAGGGAAUGUACUAACAGAACCUGUUGCUGUUUUGGAAAGGAGGAUGAUUCCACGCAACAAUGAGCCGGUUGUGCAAUGGAAGGUUCAUUGGGCAAACUUACCAGCAGAAGCAGCCACCUGGGAGGAUGCAUCUUUCAUUGCCAAGCACAAACUCCCACGAGCACUCCACUUACUCUCCGCCCUGGCCCUCUUCUUGGUCUCCUUCCUCUCCCUCCGCUCGCUCCGCCCCACCGCCGCCCCCUCCCUCUCCGAUGCCCAAUCAUUCUCCCCUAAUCCCGCCGCCGCCGCGUCGGAGGUGUACCACUCGCCGGCGGUGUUCUCGGCGGGGUACGCGGAGAUGGAGAGGAGCUUCAGGGUGUUCGUCUACCCCGACGGCGACCCCGGCACGUUCUACCAGACGCCGCGGAAGCUGACCGGCAAGUACGCCAGCGAGGGCUACUUCUUCCAGAACAUUCGCGAGAGCCGCUUCCGCACCGACGACCUCGAGAAGGCGCACCUCUUCUUCGUCCCCAUUUCGCCCCACAAGAUGCGCGGCAAGGGUACUUCUUAUGAGAAUAUGACAAUAAUAGUUCAGAAUUAUGUUGAGAGCUUGAUAAACAAGUACCCUUACUGGAACAGGACACUGGGGGUGGGGGCUGACCAUUUUUUCGUUACAUGCCAUGAUGUUGGUGUUAGAGCAUUCGAAGGGCUUCCCUUUAUCAUUAAGAACUCUAUCAGAGUGGUAUGUUCACCGAGCUAUAAUGCUGGCUAUAUCCCGCACAAGGAUGUCGCUCUUCCACAAAUAUUGCAGCCAUUUGCUCUUCCUGCAGGAGGAAAUGACAUUGAGAACAGGACAAUACUUGGUUUUUGGGCUGGCCAUCGCAAUUCCAAAAUAAGAGUUAUUUUAGCACGAAUCUGGGAGAAUGAUACUGAGCUUGCUAUCAGCAACAACCGGAUUAACAGAGCUAUCGGAAAUUUAGUUUACCAGAAGCAUUUCUUUCGGACCAAGUUUUGCGUAUGCCCUGGUGGUUCUCAAGUUAAUAGUGCUCGUAUCUCUGAUUCCAUACACUAUGGUUGUAUGCCAGUUAUUUUGUCAGACUAUUAUGACCUACGUUUCAGUGGUAUCCUUAACUGGAGAAAAUUCGCUGUUGUCCUGAAGGAGAGCGAUGUUUAUGAGCUAAAGAGUAUCUUGAAGUCUUUAUCACAGAAAGAAUUUGUUUCAUUACACAAGUCGCUAGUUCAGGUUCAGAAACACUUCGAGUGGCAUUCACCUCCUGUUCCGUACGACGCAUUUCACAUGAUUAUGUAUGAAUUGUGGCUGCGGCAUCAUGUGAUCAAGUACUAAUCCAAGGACAUCACCUGAUGAUUUCCAACCAAACUCACUGAUCAACUGACAAGGCGAUGUCAUGCUUGACCACUAUGGUGGUGCAUCUGAUUUUUAUUUCUUUAAAUCAGAAACCUAUGCAGUGCAGUUGAAUCCUGAACUGAUUGCAUAGCUUAUGAUAACAGAGACAGAUGUUUACUGAACCUCAAAGAAUAUCUGCAUCAAACAAAUAGGUCAGUGUUGAGCCAGAUUUCUACCUUGUAUAUAAUUCUCCUUUUUUUUUCUGGUGCAGAUCUGCUUAAAGCUUUGUUCAUGCAAAUUUUUUUUCUUGUAAACAGUGCAUGAUAAUGUUGGUUGUACAGUAGAGAUCUGAAAGCUGGAUUUUGCUCUGACAGAAGUUAUGAUAAUCCUUUAUCCAAUCAGUUCUUCAGACCUCCCAUCUUCAUUUGUUCUGUUUGCACCCUACUGUCGGAUCUAUCUAGGUUAACAUAACUCACAGCUGUAUUAACUUCAUCUGGAAUAUAUGUUUCUCUUGACUUAUUAAUGAACUUCUUUGAGCACCCAUAGCCAUGGUCAACAUUGCCAUUUGUGUUCCCACACCAGUAUCUGUCAUCCAUGUGCCCAUAAGCAGUGUAGUUGAAGCAUGCUCCUGCACUAUCACUGUACUGUACUACUGCUUGUAUUCUGAUCCUCUGGGACCAAAAAAAAAAAGAGAAAAAAAAUCCAUAUGCUGACUUUGCUUAGCA